AUGGAUCGAUAUCAUCUUGGACAGAAGGUUUCUGUUUUGACUAAACACGGAAAAUUAGUAUCUAUUAAUAAAUUUAUUUUAGGUUCUAUCAAUGAAAAUUCGUUAAAAAAACUAUUAUUAAAUCGUUUAGUAACAGCAAAUAUUCGUCGUGGUAGUAAUCAUAAACUUUAUCCACGUUUUUCUCAAUUAGUUGUUUCAUCAUUUGCCGGUAUCAUGUGGAUAGAUAAUCCAAAAUUUUCUAUCAAUGAUCAUGUCAAAGAAAUUCCACGUAAUGUUCAAUUUACGACAGAUCCCAUAUCAGCAAAAUUAACUGCAAAACAAGGAAGAUGUGUCCUCCGGACCUUUCGUAAAUUGAAUUCUGUUCCAUGA